CAGCAACUUCCUGAUUUUAGACUAAUCGUAACCAGGCAAUGCCGUAUCAACUUCCGCUGUUAAUGUAAAUACAAGAAAAUGGCAGGUAUACCAGACUACAUUGAAAGAAAGGGCUCCCUCUUCUUGAGGUCGAAUCAUAUGAACUAUGGAAGAGCCACAUUAAACUCAAAUUGGCAUCAAGCAAGAGAGGCAGAGCCCAAAGAUUAUGAUAUUAGCAAAGGGAAUGAGCGCAACUUAUGUACGGCCACGUAUGAAAGGAUAGGAAAUAUUACAGAUGGGUCUCUCAACAAAACAACGUACCAAGAUCAUGCGGAACAAACCAAUCUGAAGAAGGAUUUCGAAGAACAGAUUCCAAGGAAACCAAUGAUGACUAUGAACACCGUGGAACAUUCCCACAUUGACAGAGACUUAGGCACCCCUCAACGGGGAUUUGGUUCGGUUUUACCACGACACAAUCCAGAGUACAAUAAAAUGCACUUAGAAACCACUAAUAAAGCAGAUUAUCAGCCACCAGAUCCGGAAUACACACCAGUUCCCGAAAAGCCAGCUGAUUUCCCUGAUCUUUCAGCUGCGUACAGGAAGUGCAACUCCCAGUUUACAGACACUGCUGAUUAUCGCCGCCCUGGGCGUAACACUUGGCAGGAUGAGAGCGGCGUGUACACCAACACCCAUUAUAAACGUCAGGUCCUCAAAACCACCAACCCCAUCCCUCCACAAAUCUCGUGAGGCAUGGGACAGAACUCUGUGUAAAUAGCACUGUACAUAAACAAUCUGUAGCAACAAUAAAGUUCCAAUGAUUAAUCA